AUGGAGUGUGUGACAACAGUGGGCUAUUCUCUAGUACUGAAUGGAGGAUUGACUAGACCUUUCCCGGCUAAGAGAGGUAUAAGACAAGGAGAUCCAAUGUCUCCUUACCUCUUUGUGAUUGCAAUGGAGUACCUGCAAAGGGAGAUGAACCAACUAACUAUGCAGAAGGAGUUCAAAUUUCAUCCAAAGUGCAAAAAGCUGGGAGAGACCUUUAAGAGGUUUUCAAAUGCAUCAGGAUUGCAGCAUAUAAAGGAACAACUAAUUGAAUAUACUGGAUAUGAAACGGGUAGUAUACCUUUUAAAUAUCUGGGAGUUCCACUGUCAGCAAGAAAACUGAACAUUCAUCAAUGUUUGCCUCUGAUUGAGAAGAUUACAGAAAGAGUUAGAUGCUGGUCAUCUAGGAUGCUUUCAUACUCAGGAAGAGUCCAACUCAUAAAAUUAGUGUUAUUUGGAAUACAAACGUAUUGGGCUCAAAUCUUCUUAUUGCCAAAGAAAAUCAUGAAGAUGAUAGAGACUAUAUGUAGGACCUUCUUGUGGAUUGUCUCAACAGAAUACUCCAGGAAAGCACUGAUAGCUUGGGAUAGAAUAUGUCAACCUAAAGCCACUGGUGGUUUGGAUGUGAAGAUAUGGAACAAAGCAGCCCUAUUAAAAUACCUCUGGGCAUUGGCUAUGAAAAAAGAUACUUUGUGGAUUAAAUGGGCUCACAUUUACUACAUAAAAAACAGACCUAUUGAGGAGAUAAAUACACCUAAAAAUGCAGCUUGGGUGGUAAGGAAGAUCAUAGAGGCAAAGGAUGAAAUACAGAAGCUGAGGACAGUUCAGAACAGUCUCAUUAACACACUGGAUAGUUUUGUGAAGCAAGGAAAAUUUCAGAUACACACAGCUACAGCCUCAAUUCCCUAA